UGUAUAUAGGGAGCCGCGUUGCCCUGUGUGCUACAGGUUCUCUUACAUCGACCUCCUAAGAGUCGCGCUGUAAGAAAGCAACACCCUCCUCGGCUCCCGUUUUAUUUCUCGAAGCUCGGCAACCAAGAGGCAGAUAUGCGUGAGUGCAUCUCCAUCCACGUUGGCCAAGCCGGAGUCCAGAUUGGCAAUGCCUGCUGGGAGCUCUACUGUCUUGAACACGGCAUCCAGCCUGAUGGGCAGAUGCCAAGUGACAAGACCAUUGGGGGAGGAGACGACUCCUUCAACACGUUCUUCAGUGAGACGGGAGCUGGCAAGCACGUCCCCAGGGCAGUCUUUGUGGACUUGGAGCCAACUGUGAUUGAUGAGGUGCGCACUGGCACCUACCGCCAGCUCUUCCACCCCGAGCAGCUCAUCACUGGCAAGGAGGAUGCUGCCAACAAUUAUGCCAGGGGCCACUACACCAUUGGCAAGGAGAUCAUUGACCUGGUCCUCGACAGGAUACGCAAACUGGCUGACCAAUGCACAGGUCUCCAGGGCUUCCUGGUCUUCCACAGCUUUGGUGGGGGCACCGGCUCUGGGUUCACCUCCUUGCUGAUGGAGCGCCUGUCCGUUGACUACGGCAAGAAGUCCAAGCUGGAGUUCUCCAUCUACCCAGCUCCCCAAGUCUCCACAGCUGUCGUCGAGCCCUACAACUCCAUCCUGACCACCCACACCACCCUAGAGCACUCCGACUGCGCCUUCAUGGUAGACAACGAGGCCAUCUAUGACAUUUGCCGCAGGAAUCUUGACAUUGAGCGCCCCACUUACACCAACCUGAACAGGUUGAUAGGUCAGAUUGUGUCCUCCAUUACAGCCUCCCUGCGAUUUGACGGUGCCCUGAAUGUAGAUCUGACAGAAUUCCAGACCAAUCUGGUGCCCUAUCCCCGAAUCCACUUCCCCCUGGCCACCUACGCCCCGGUCAUCUCUGCCGAGAAAGCUUACCAUGAACAGCUUUCUGUAGCAGAGAUCACCAACGCUUGCUUUGAGCCAGCCAACCAGAUGGUGAAAUGUGACCCUCGUCAUGGUAAAUACAUGGCCUGCUGCCUGUUGUACCGUGGGGACGUCGUUCCCAAAGAUGUCAAUGCUGCUAUUGCCACCAUCAAGACCAAACGUACCAUCCAGUUUGUGGACUGGUGCCCCACUGGUUUCAAGGUUGGCAUCAACUACCAGCCCCCCACGGUGGUCCCCGGGGGCGACCUGGCCAAAGUGCAGCGUGCCGUCUGCAUGCUGAGCAACACCACAGCCAUUGCUGAGGCCUGGGCUCGCCUGGACCACAAGUUUGACCUGAUGUAUGCCAAGCGUGCCUUUGUCCACUGGUACGUUGGGGAAGGGAUGGAGGAAGGCGAGUUCUCGGAAGCCCGGGAGGACAUGGCUGCCCUAGAGAAGGAUUACGAAGAAGUGGGUGUGGAUUCUGUCGAAGGGGAGGGUGAAGAGGAAGGAGAGGAAUACUAAAGCAAAAUGUCACAAUGGUGCUGCUCUUACAGGGAAAUUAAAGCUAUUUAUCAACAUUCAAGUUUUGGUCUGAUCAGUUAAUUUAUGUAGCCGUGUUCAGAAACCUUUGUUUGCCCUACAAUAACUGAUCUGUGCUCUAAAACAUGAAGGUUUUUAUUACAAGCCCAAGCCAUUUAAUGCUGUGGGUUUGUGAAUAAAAGGCAUUCCCUGUCCUAGAA